AUGCCCCCGCCCGGCAGCCGCGUCGCCACCUACCUCCGCCGCGCGCGGCUCAUCGACUCGCUGCGCCUGCGCCUCCGCUCCCCUUCCUCCCCGCCGCCGCCCCCACCCGACGACCCCGUGGUCGCGCUCCACGGCAUCCGCGCCGCGCCCACCCCAGCGGCGGCGCUCUCCUUCUUCCGCGCCCUCCCCUCGCCGGCCCCGCUCCCGCUCUUCCACGCGCUCGCCUCCCGCCUCGCCAACCCCGCGUCGCUCCCCGACCUCCGCUCCCUCCUCGCCUCCUUCCCCCUGCCCCCUCCCCCGCUCGUGCGCCUCCGCCUCCUCGCCGCCGCGGGGGACCACCCUGCCGCCCUCGCCGCCUUCGCCUCCAUCCCGACCGCCCCGCACCGCCCCGCCGAGGCGCACACCCUCGUCAUCGACCUCCACGCCGGCGCUGGGGACCACGCCGCCGCCGUGGACGCGUUCGGCGCCAUGGUCCGCGAGGGCGCGCUCCCCAACGCGCGCACCUACACCGUCGUCGUCGCCCACCUUGCCUCCGCGGGGUUCGUCGACCAGGCGCUCGAGGUGUUCCGGCUCCUGCCGUCGCUGCGCACGCGGCGGACCACCCGGCAGUACAACGUGCUCGCCGAGGCGCUCGCGGACGCCAGGAGGUUCGACCAGCUCCGGUGGCUGGUCCGCGAGAUGGCGGCCGUCGACGGCGUCAUGCCCGGGCCGCAGACGCGGGCUGCCAUCGCCGCCAUGAGGGAAGCCGGCCACACGGAGGGCACCGAGGACUUUGUCGAGGAGCUUUCGCCGGACGCAAGGAUCCCGUACGCCGUGGACGACGCGGACGGCGAGGGAGGCAGCGAGGAGGAAGAGGACGGUGAAAAGGACACGCCCAGAGCUAAGGAGACGCCGCUCAAGCCAUGGCUGGACCCGCGGGAGCUCGCGAGGGCGCUGGAAGGCUGGGACCCCAAGGAGGUGGCGGAGCUGGAGGCCGCCGGGAUCGUCUGGACGCCGCGGCUCGUGUGCAAGCUCCUGCGCGCGUUCAGGAAGCCGGGGACGGCGUGGGAGUUCUUCUGCUGGGUGGCGUGCCGCCCCGGCGGCUUCGCGCACGACCGCGACACCGUGGCGAGGAUGGCCGCCAUCCUGGCCCGCGCCGGCCGCGGCGACCUGGUGGAGCGCCUGCUGGCCAAGGUGCGAGACGACGGCAUCCUCCUCCCGUUCGCCACCGUGCGUCUAAUCGUCGACUUCUACGGGCUCUCCAAGAAUGCCGACGCGGCGGUGAGGGUGUUCCGGGAAGCCGACUCCAUCUGCGGCCCCGUGUCGCGGCCCAACCUCGCGCUGCUCUGCUCGUCGCUGCUGAGGACGAUGGCCAAGUGCCGGCGAGGGCGCGACGCCACGGAGCUCCUGGAGGAGAUGAUGGCGACGCGCGGCGUGCUCCCGGACCUGCAGACCUUCUCGGGGCUGAUGGAGCACCUGGCCGGCGCCGGCGACCUCAAGGGCGUGCACAGGCUGUUCGGGAUGGUGCGGCAGUGCGAGCUGCGGCCCGACGGGCACAUGUACGCCGUGCUGAUCAGGGCCUACUGCAAGCGGGAGCGCGCGGCGCUCGCGCUGAAGCUGUUCGACGAAAUGCGCGGCGCCGGGGUCGCGCCGGACGCGCCCACCAAGGCGCUGCUUGUGAAGAGCCUGUGGCGGGAAGGGAAACUCCGGGAGGCGGCGCUGGUCGAGGAGAGGUGCGAGGAGAUGAUCACGGCGGGAGGCGGCCUUCCCGGGGCGGCGCCGGGGCAUGUGUGGACGGCGAGCGCCGCGGACUUGAACAAGGUGUAUGGCAUCUAUUCCGGGUGCUUUAGGCGGCAUGAUGCAGAGCAAUUGGCGGCUGAUGGAGGCACUGAUUGAUGCUGCUCCACUUCAGAGUUGAGAUACAAGAGCACAGCAUUUUCAGUGGCAUUGCAGCUACUAAAGAAGAAGCAUGGCAACAUCGAGGAGGAAGAAUGGAAUUGCAGCUAAAUAAGGUCACCUUCAGUGGGAGCACCACGCCGCCCCUGCUCCAUUCUCCCAAUGUCGUCCGGCAUUCUCGCUCCCGCUCCUUCUCGAUUGACGACGAGUUCGGCACCCUCACAAUGUUCAACGAGAAGGAGAAUACUAGCGAUUUUAGUUGUUUCCAUUCAGCCA